UUCGUAGAUGUAUAUUCAUAGUCACAGACUCCUCACUCUCUUGCUGUAUUUUGAAUAUUUAUAUUGCUGUAUAUUAAGAAAAAAAUACGCAAUUGAAUGGUUUGGAAAUUUGUGAAGUAUAAAAAUGUACUUAUUUUGUCAAACCAUACUCCGGGCUGGCGGCCGAGCUAAAUCGAAGGCCCCCACACUUUUAGGGUGACACGUGACGGGGUUUAUUUUUCGGAACUCGGGGUUGGGUUCAAAUCACGCUCGUCAAUUUUUACAGCAGUGUUCCUUGCAUUUGUGAUGGUUUAAGGAAAGGUCCCACCAUAUAUAAAGUGUUGCUGAGAUGACUGUCCCUGGGAAGAAAGCCAGGGAUCUGGUGGAACUGUACCGGGUCAGUUUGGAGCACCGGAUUGAGCAGGGUGACUGGAACCUAGUAUGCAGAGAUGAGGAACUGAUUAAGAAGGUAGAGGGACUGCUGAUGGGGGACUGUGCCCAGGACACACAUUCCUUGGGACUGGACCCCCUCAGUGUAAUGGAGGACUCGCUUCAGACAGCACAAGGAGUUGGAUUGAAGGGGCUGGCUAGAGCCUUUGAAGUGCUGGAACUGGCAUCCCUCAACCUGUACUUGUGUCCCUGGAGAAAGGAAUACAGAGUGGUAAAGAUGUUCUCAGGCAUGUUCACACAUUACAUCAAGCCGGUGCUGUCCAUGCAGCAGGUGGCCGAUCUGUUUGGGUUGCUUGGGUACCAGGCUUCAGAGGCCAGACUAUGUGAAGAGCUUAGGCUAUGUUCCCCAGCCCUCCCAGUGGACACCCUUCUCCGCCUGUCCUGUGCUUUCUUCACUGCACGUUGUGAGUGUCGCUUACUGUUGUCUGCCAUAGUACCCCAGGGCAGAAGGGUGGAGUGGGAGCUCAACCUGGUGCAGGAGAGGCAGAAAGGUCACAGCCUGCAGAUAGCAUUGGACAACAGCAAGAGAAGGUUGGAGACUAUACCACAGGAAGGGGAUUUUCUUGAGUCAUCUACUAUAGAGGCAGACUUGGAUUUGUACACAGAUGAUGAGUUUAAUGGGCAUAAAGAAGUUGGGUUAGUCAGAGAUCCUCUCUAUUCACCAAGAAGGGUGUACACGAGAGGGCUUUCUUCUCAACGAGAGAAUAUCUGUGUCUCCUCACUGAACUGCCAGUUGAUUAAGACACCAUCAUUAGCACCAACCAGAAACACCCCAACUCCCAAGCAAAGGGAAAGUCCAAAUAAAGAGUUGGCCAUGUCCGGGUCAGAUAAAGGGGAUUCACAAUUGCUGUCUGCAAAAGAAUCAGGGAAUGCCCACCCUGUGUCACCAGGGGGCAGUCAGUUCUGCAUUGAGUGCUACACUAGCCCUUGCAUCCAUCAUUGCAAGAAUUGCAAUACCUUACGUAGCUUGAACUGCCCCAUAUUGGAGAGGUGCAAAGACGAGGGUCAUGAAGUAAAACAUAUUGAUGGUGAAGUCCUACAGGAGCAGAGAGAGAGCAGUGGAUUAUCACCACGGCUAGGAAGUCCUGGAGAGGGAGGUGUGCCACUCUAUGAGGAUAAGAGAGAGUUCUGCCCUCCACUUGAUGUUUUUGAAGCAAGAAGCCUUACCCCUCAGCCCAUUCCUUUUCAUGACUGUUGCAACACUGCCAAUCCAGACCCUGAGGUUACCUGCCUCACCUGCAAGGUAUUCCACACUAGAGCCUGUAAAAUGUUGGAGAUGUGCCAGAGAAAGCACAAGAUGCUCAUGUUGGAUGUCUGCUCAAGUGGGUUGGGGUGCACAAGGCCCCCUUGCAAACUAUGCAGGUACUGCAGUGUUGUGUAUUGUAAAGACUGUUGGUAUAGAACACCACUUCAAUGUGUUUGUGGCUACCCUUUUGAUGAGUCCUCUGAAGUUUGAAUUUAGGAACCAUUUUAAAGGUACUUGAUGGAAUUGGGAAAAGCACUGAUUUAAAAAAAUGCCUAUAAAUAUAAUGAUGGCAAUCACUUACACGUUGCCUUAAAUUCACAAUAUUCUUAAUUUGUAAUACGAUUGUAUAAAUUAGCUUUAUCCUACCCAGGGAUUAAAAGUGAAAUGCCAAACUCUUCUAUAUUUUUCUACUUUAGUCUACUCAGUAGGACCUUAAAUUGCCCUGAAUGUUUUUCAUGAUAAUUCAUCCAGUCUCAUUGACUGUUGGGAUCUGAAGCCUUAUACUUAUGUUAGUCUAAUGCCAGUUAUACAUGUUGCAGCUCAAGAGUUAAGAUAAUAUUGCCAAAUGUGGGUUAAGUUGCUUGUUUUCAUUAUUUGUUCUGUUGUCAAAGUUAUUUGAAUAAAAAUGGGAUUUAAAUUGGAAAA